AUGGCUACGACCGAUCAGGACCGACACGACACCAAAGAUCGGUUUGCCGUGGUAUUGGAAAGACUUGAGAAUCUCAAGAGUCAGCAGACUGGUAAUGCUGAUGACGUUUUUGCUGCUAUGGGUGCAAAGGAUAAAUUGGUGGAAGAGUUGGGGGCUGGUGAUUAUUUUGCCAAAACGUCCGAUAUCUUUCCGAAAGGAGACGCCUUACCUAAGAUCAUCAAAGAUAUUCAAGGCAUGGCUGAUAAGUUUCAGCGUGAGGCUCAACUUGAGGAUUACAAUGAGCAAAGAAAUGGGUUCAAGAGGCAUUUGGCGGAUGCCGAGAACCAAUCUCUACCGGACGAUGGUUCGGUUGCCGCCAGCGUCGCCAGCGUCAGCAUCCGAACGGAAGCUAAGGCAGACGGGGACCCCACGGCCUGCCUUGUGGAAGGCCUACCCGGCCACAGAGGACACCAAGGAUCGGGCAGCAAGAAUUGCUCGGGGUGGUGGGCUCUCGUGUAUGUUUGGAUGAUCGGCAAUCUUGCCGAGCUCGACGCGCUUGUCAAUGAGAUCAGCGCCGAAAAAGAUUCUGACAAGAAGAAAGCAUUGGAAGACCGUCUUCAUAAAUCCUUGUUGAUGUUGGCCAACGGUACCAAGGGGGGGACAGCAGGGAAAGGGAUGAGAAGCAACGAUCGAAACAUCCUAUUUGUCCCGAACCCACACGAUGAUUACUACGACGGUGGCUGCAACUGGAUAAUCUACCCAAUAAUGACAAGCGGCGAUAUGUUGGUUUGGGACGGUAAACCGUACUGGGUUGCCAUCUUUUGUGGCGAAAAUCUUCCAGGCGCAGGACCGCAGGGGAAAGAUCUUUGGGUGGAUGGACCUUCUGCAAAAACCGCCAGAGAGGGCCGAAGCGCAAAUUACCAGCAAAAUGCACCUCAAGCCAGAAAACAUUUCUGUUUGCAGUACAACUGA